GACCCGCCGCCGCUGGCGCUCGCGGGGACUGCCAGGCUCCGCGCGGCCCCCAGCCCCGCGCCUGUCGCGUCCGCGCCGCACAGUUGCCCAUGGCUGACCUGAGCUUCAUCGAGGAUGCAGUCGCCUUCCCCGAGAAGGAGGAAGACGAGGAGGAGGAGGAAGAGGGCGUGGAAUGGGGUUACGAAGAAGGUGUUGAGUGGGGCUUGGUGUUUCCUGAUGCUAACGGGGAGUACCAGUCUCCUAUCAACCUGAACUCCAGAGAAGCCAGGUACGACCCCUCGCUGCUGGAUGUACGCCUGUCUCCAAAUUACGUGGUCUGCCGGGACUGUGAAGUCACCAACGAUGGACACACCAUUCAAGUUAUCCUGAAGUCAAAAUCAGUUCUGUCAGGAGGACCGCUGCCUCAGGGACACGAGUUUGAACUCUAUGAAGUUAGAUUUCACUGGGGAAGAGAAAACCAGCGUGGCUCUGAGCACACGGUUAAUUUCAAAGCUUUUCCCAUGGAGCUCCACCUGAUCCACUGGAACUCCACGCUCUUUGGCAGCAUCGACGAGGCAGUUGGGAAGCCGCACGGCAUUGCCAUCAUUGCUCUGUUCGUCCAGAUAGGGAAGGAGCAUGUUGGCUUGAAGGCAGUGACUGAGAUACUCCAGGAUAUCCAGUAUAAGGGAAAGUCCAAAACAAUACCCUGCUUUAAUCCUAACACUUUGUUACCAGACCCUCUUCUGCGGGAUUACUGGGUCUACGAAGGCUCCCUUACUAUCCCACCUUGCAGUGAAGGAGUUACCUGGAUAUUAUUCCGAUACCCUCUAACUAUUUCCCAGUUGCAGAUAGAAGAAUUCCGAAGGCUGAGAACGCACGUUAAGGGGGCAGAACUUGUAGAAGGCUGUGAUGGGAUUUUGGGAGACAAUUUCCGACCUACCCAGCCCCUGAGUGACAGAGUCAUUCGAGCCGCAUUUCAGUAGCCAGAAAGACUAUGAUCAAACCCAUCUGCAUCAGGGAGGAAGACAGUGGUCCCAUGGAGCCCUUGGAUGAGGCGUGGAACUUCUUGAGUGGCAGCUUCCUUUUAACCCUCAAGCCUGCAUUGUCUUCCGCUUUUCCAGCUUGGAUGGAUAUCUGUGACCAUUGUCUGCACACAUGCUGUUCUGAAAUAUUAGAAGUGGCUGCUGACUGGAAAGGAACUCAGUGUGUGAGCACGUCACGGCUGCUGAUAUUCAGACUUUGCACAUACUGCUUUUUGCUGAUGUGUAGAAAGAGUAACAGUAGUUUUCAGACCUAUUGAUAUGACUGCAUCGUAUAUCAAUAUGAGAUGAAAGAAAGCCUCCACAUUUCCAGAGCCAAGUUGUUCACUUCCUGUCUGUAUUAGAAAAUAUGCUCAUCCCCAGCCUAGUGUAAUUCUUGAUAAUAAAAAGAGUUUUGAUUCACAACAGCCUAGAACUCCAAAAUACAACAUGAAAGAAUCAUAAAAA